AUGUCGAAGCGCAAUUGGGUUCAUCUGACCGUCAACAUCCCGGACAUGUCCGCUGUCAGCGGCUGUCUCCUCUCGUCGUCCCGCGUUCGCGCUCUCAUCACUGUCCGUUCUGCCUACCCGCUACCGUCCGGCGGCGUCCGUCCGGUGGCCUUUGCUGCUGCCAUUGAGGGCCUGAUCCAUGAGAUGGUACAUGCAUAUCUGCUCGUCUUUGGCUGCGAUCGCCGUGAGGACUGUCUCAACCGAAAGUUCAAGAACGGGGACCGCCGAGAUUGGCACGGACGACACUUACACAAGUUACUUACACAUGUGUAUGAGACUAUUCAGGAGUGGCACAUUUCCCUGUCGGACUUUGGGUUGGUGUAUAUGGAGGAUCGAGAGUAUUGUUGCUAA